UCCGCACCGCCUUCGCACCGGCACCGGCGCCGCCCGGCCCGGCCCGGCCCGGCCCGAUUGAGCCCAGCCAAGCAGGCCGCACCAGCCCCGAAGAGCACAGCACCCCUUCGCCAAGGACAUGAAGCUGUUGGAGAAUUCCAGCUUCGAGGCCAUCAACUCGCAGCUGACCGUGGAGACUGGUGACGCCCACAUCAUUGGCAGGAUCGAGAGCUACUCCUGCAAGAUGGCGGGGGACGACAAGCACAUGUUCAAGCAGUUCUGCCAGGAGGGCCAGCCGCACGUGCUGGAGGCGCUGUCCCCGCCCCAGACCUCGGGCCUCAGUCCCAGCAGGCUGAGCAAGAGCCAAGGCGGCGAGGACGAGGGUCCCCUCAGCGACAAGUGUAGCCGCAAGACCCUCUUCUACCUGAUCGCCACGCUCAACGAGUCCUUCCGGCCCGACUAUGACUUCAGCACAGCCCGAAGCCACGAGUUCAGCCGGGAGCCCAGCCUCAGCUGGGUGGUGAACGCCGUCAACUGCAGCCUGUUUUCUGCCGUGCGGGACGACUUCAAGGCUCUGAAGCCGCAGCUGUGGGACGCGGUGGACGAGGAGAUCUGUCUGGCCGAGUGCGACAUCUACAGCUACAACCCGGACCUGGACUCGGACCCUUUCGGGGAGGAUGGCAGCCUCUGGUCCUUCAACUACUUCUUCUACAACAAGCGGCUGAAGCGCAUCGUCUUUUUCAGCUGCCGUUCCAUCAGCGGAUCCACCUACACGCCCUCGGAGGUGGGCAACGAGCUGGACAUGGAGCUGGGAGAGGAGGAGGAGGGGAGCGGAGGUGGCGGCAGCGAGGGCGCACCCGAGGGGACCGGUGCCGCAGAGGAAGACAGGGUCCCCGUGAUCUGUAUGUGAGGGGCAGGAGCAGAGGCCCCAGCUUCACCCAGCUUCAACAGGCGCCUGGUCCUGCCCCGGGACGGCCCCAGGACCUCCCCAGCUGCCGGCGGGGCCUGGCACAGCCACAGCCGCACAAGGACGUGCCCGCCUAGCCCUUUGGCUGCAGCCUGUGGAUGUCCACUCACCCCACUGGGUCCUGUUGUCCUCCCUUGAUUGGACGGGCCAGCACAGGCCUGCCCCGGAACUGACACAGCAGGGGCAGCUGAACCCCAGAGUUUAUUUUUGUAUUUUGUACUGGGCCAGGCCUGGGUCUGUACACUCCGGCCCAAAGGGCCCAAGACCCGGCAAGCAGGCCCCAGUGGUCAUCCACCCAGGCUUGGGCUGCCCGGCGCCCGCCUGGACCCCUUUCCUGCCCGCCGGGCCGCGUGCACUGAGUGUCACUUUGCUGCAGCUCGUUUGUUUCCAAUAAAAGUUUCGUGACUU